AUGGCAUCAAAUUAUGUCGUCACGUGUAAGAAGGCCACUGUGGUCACCCAGGCUCUUCUGGGAAAUUUCACAGGUCCCGAUGAUUUGAACCUAUUCUUGUCCAAGAUGUCUCGUAUCGAAAUUCAUGCUGUGGCAAAGGAUGGUCUGCGGCUGGUUCAAGAGGUCCCUAUCUUUGGCCGCAUUGCUGCCAUCGCGAUUAUGCGUCCUCCGAAAGAACCAACAGAUUUGCUGGUUGUGCUGACGGAGAAGCUUCAUAUCUCGAUAUUGGACUGGAAGAAUGGGGAAUUGCGGACCCGGGCGACGGGCAAUUUGGUCGAGAAAGUUGGCCGGCCUUCCGAAUACGGCAUCAAGAUGCUCGUACAUAAGCGCACGGGGCUGAUAGUCAUCCGUAUCUAUGACGGUUCAUUGAAAGUGAUCACCUGGAAGGACAGCACCACCGAGGGAAUCACGGCUUUCAACAUGCGCAUCGAAGACUCGUCCAUUGUCGAUCUGGCCUUCCUGGACACUGACACUCCGAAAAUUGCCUACAUCUACCAGGACCCACUUGGACGUCAUAUCAAAGUGAUCCCCGUCGAGACGGGCCACCAUGCCGCUGUUCCACAUCAUAAAGAGAAUGCCGAAGAACGACUAGCGCAUAUUGAGGCCGAGGCGCACACGAUAAUCCCGGUCCCAAAGCCCUACGGCGGGGUGAUCGCCAUUGGCCGCGACACCAUCAUGUAUCACAGAUUCGAACGUCCGGCUCAGCCUGCGAUCGUCAUUGCGCCACACAUCAUGCACAACACCUUGAUCACCUGCUCGGCACCAAUCGACCCUAAUGGACAGCGCUUUCUGCUCGGCGCAAAGCCUGGAGAGCUUUUUAUGCUGUUGCUGGACACGGACACAAAGGAGGGAACUGUAUCUGGAAUCAAAGUGGAAACACUGGGACGCUGCUCAAUGCCAGAAUGCGUGACUUAUGUUGACAAUGGUGUUGUCUUCAUUGGCUCUCGUAUGGGAGACUCGCAGCUGAUCCACCUCAACGAGAAACCUGAUGUCAACGGGUCGUUCGUCUCUGUGAUCGAAACAUUCCAAAAUGUCGGCCCCGUCCGGGAUAUGCUCCUUUUGCAAGCUGAAAAUGGGCAAAGUCAACUGUUUACAUGCUCUGGCGCCUACAAGGACGGUUCGAUGCGUAUCAUCAGGACUGGUAUUGGCAUCGAUGAACGGGCGUCGGUGGACUAUUAUGGAAUCAAGUCAAUUUCGACGUUGGCCUACCAAUCUGAGCUCGACAACCACCUGGUCGUCUCCACUUCCGAUGAAACGCACGUGUUACGCAUUGACGGCGAAGAGUUGGAGCAGCUUGAAGAUGCGUUAGGCACGGCGAAUUUUCUUUGCUUGGAGACAAACGAACAUACCCUUUACGCUGCUUGUACAAAAGAAGGCAAUAUAAUCCAGAUCACCCAAACCGGCAUCCGCAUCGUAAAGGCGGGAGCUGUCCUAAUCAAAUGGACCUCUCAACACGGCGAGAUCAGUGUCAGCUCCGUAAAUAUUAGGGCUGGAAAGGCGCUUAUUGCAUCUGGUCGAUACCUUCACUACUUGAACUUUGACGGAACUGAGAUCAGCGAGCUGAACUCGUUGGAGCUUGAGCAAGAAGCGGCUUGCUUGGACAUCUCAUCUAUCGACGACUCGGACGAGGCUCGAUUGGCAGCAAUUGGGCUUUGGACCUCGAACAGUUGCGAGCUGCGCACCCUUCCCGAUCUGCGACUACUUUCGACAGAUCAGCUCUCACGAAAGGUCCUUCCGCGGUCUUGUCUACUCUCCCGAUUUGACGAAACGCUGUUCUUGCUGGUAGCUCUGGGGGACGGCACACUUUUUUAUUUCCGAGUUGACGAAGCGGCACAAGGCGCUCUCGUCGACGGCAAGAAGGUGUCGUUGGGAACGGUUCCCUUGUUGCUGAACCCGUUCAAGGCCAAAGAAAGAUCUCAUGUUUUCGUCUGCUCGGAUCGGCCGGCUAUUAUUUAUGCGUGCAAUGGGAAAUUGAUCUUCUCCAACAUUAAUGUGCGCACCGUACGUCAAAUGUGUCCGAUAAACGCAGCGGCCUACAAGAACUGCAUGGUGAUGUGUGGGGAAGAGUCGAUGGUCAUCGGUCGAGUCGACGACAUUGAGAAGCUGCAUAUCCGAACCGUACCACUUGGUGAAUCGCCAUCCCGACUGGCUUAUCUGCCUGAUUCGAACAAGAUUGUGUUGCUGGUAUGCCGAGACAAGUCCUCAGAGGCAAUGUCGAUCUCCCGUACGGCCAGCCGGAGUUCAACCUCAAAGCUCGUACCGCCGCAGAUCGCCACAAGGAGCACGCCGCUUGAGACCCACAGCGUCGUCGUGCUAGACGGGAAUACGUUCGAAGUGCUGCACUCGCACGAGCUUGGUCCGAACGAGGAGGCACAAUCACUGAUCGCUGCCCGUCUCGGCGAUGACCCGAAGUGGUAUGUGUUUGUGGGGACGACGAUGAUUGCGCUUGAGGAAACCGAGAGCAAGGCGGGUCGCAUUAUCGUGUUCGACUGCGAGCAGGACGACCGGGCGGCCAUGUCGAUCAUCAGCGAGAAGGACAUGAAGGGCUGCACUUACUCGAUGGGAAUCCUCAAUGGAAAGCUGCUGGCCGCGGUUAAUAGCUCGGUUCGGCUUUUUGAAUGGAAUCGUGACAAGGAGCUGAAGCUGGAUUGUUCGCAUUUCCAGUACAUCCAGGCACUGUACGUCAAGACCAGGGGAGAUCUAUUGCUGGUGGGCGAUAUGCUUCGCGGGAUGGGGUUGCUCACCUACAAAGCUGUCGAAGGGUCAUUUGAGGAAUCGGCACGGUAUGUUCUUUUAUGCAUCAACUUAGCAUCCAGU